AUGAAGGCGUUUGAUUUUGUAGCGGAACGGAAGGACUCCGCGUCCGAGAGAACUCAGGAAAGAUCUGGUAUAGUUGAACUUGAAUCGAUGGGCCUGCCACUCACCUUACCCACCCUACUCCACUCAAAAAGAACAUACUUUUAUCGACACCUACCACAUAAACCUUCACAGAAAAACACUCGAAUUUGGAGAAUCCCGGCUACAUCCGGAGAUGUUUUGCCAUCAGACGCCCCAAUUGAGACUGCCCAACGGAUCGUUUCCUCUGACGACAGCGGUGUAUUUACAGUCAUAUCCGUUCUUCUGUUCAUCGCUUUUUUUGGUCUCUCCAUUCUUACUAUUGGGGUUAUCUAUAUAGGUGUCUCGGAUUUCCUGCAGAAAAGGGAGAGAGAGAGAAGUUUGAGAAAGAAGAGGCCAUUAAGAAGAAGAAAAAAAGUGGGAAAAGAGUUCAGGUCAGGACUAAGACAGGGCCCAGAGGAUUUGGACAAAAAAUUGAUGACGGCGAUGAUUUUGAUGAUUAAAUUUGCAUUGUACCCAAUGUGUCAAGAGAGAGGCAAAUGUGCCAGCUCAUCUGUUAGCUUCCGGAGGCCGGAGUGGGCAAGUUACCAAUUACUGCAGUCCUCCAUUUUACUUGCAGGAGGAUCUGAGGUUUGGUCUAUCAGCAGGAAGUCUUCACCCUCCCCCCCUAAUGAUGGCUUUUAUAGUCUUUCAUUUGUUGCUUUGUUUUUGUCGGUGUUUAGUUUCAGUGUUUCUUUGGCUGUUUGCUUUGUUUGUUUCGUUUUGUUUGUUUGGGUUUUCCAGUAAUGAAAAGUUAUUUUAAACAGAAAAAAAAAACAACCACCAUAAUCUCUUGCUUCUACUUUUAUUGUCUUUCAAAUCUCUGUUUUAUUCUUUGUCUCCACUCCUACAUCCGUAUUUUCAUCAAACUAGACUUUGACAAGUUUAGAUGUAGUUGGCAAGGU